CGCAGCGGUUUCCGCUUCCGGUCGAACUGGGGAAAAUGUGAAAUUGCUUGGGGUCGGUGUUAGAUUCCUCCUUGUUGCGCGCAAGGAUUUUGAGGUUUUUUUUUUUGUUUUUGUUGUUUCUUUUGAGACACAAGCGCGUUCUGACCGGUGGAGGUUUACCAGAAUGGUACCGUUUAGAAUAAGUAAUGCGAAUCUGACAGAGCUCUGGAUGUAAACAUUACAGUUACAGCACACCGAGACACCCCUAGUCGUUACCAUCCAGGUGUCUGUGGCGAAUCUGGGGGUCGUGAGAGAGACACAAGAUGGAAAAGGAGGAGUCGGACAGGUUAAUAGAGAAGGCAAAGCAGUGUUUGCGCUCCGGGAAAAGAGAGAAAGCUCUACAGUUGUUGCAGGAGGCCCAGAAAGUAUACCCCAGCACUAGAGCGAGAGCCUUAAUUGACGCCAUCGUGAGGAAUGGGAGUGCGGCAGGGGAGGGGGGCCGCGUGCCCGAGUUCCACAGCCGGCGGCCGAGCGACGAGGACGACGCUCUUUCAGGAAGAGAGGCGGAGGCCAAGAGCUACACCGAGGAGCAGCGGCAGGGUGUCCUGAGGAUAAAGAAAUGCAAGGACUUCUAUGAGAUUUUGGGUGUGACUAAAGAUGCCAGCGAUGAGGAUCUGAAGAAAGCCUACAGGAAACUGGCCCUCAAAUUCCAUCCAGACAAAAACUGUGCCCCUGGAGCUACCGACGCUUUUAAAGCCAUAGGGAACGCCUAUGCCGUGCUGAGCAGCCCCGAGAAGCGAAAGCAGUACGACCAGUACGGAGAAGAGCCGCCCAUGGAGAGCACCGCCCAUCCCACCCAUCCCGCCCACCACCGACACCACCGCAACUUCUACAGGGACUUCGAGGCCGACAUCUCCCCAGAAGAGCUCUUCAACAUCUUCUUCGGGGGGCGGUUCCCCACAGGCAACAUUCACAUGUACACCAACAGAGGGGCGACGUACACCCACUACUACCAGCCCCGCCGCCGCCGCAUGAACGAGAGGAGGGAGGAGGAGGUGGAGCACCAGAGCCAGAACACAUUCACGGCAUUUCUUCAGCUCCUGCCCGUGCUUGUGCUCAUACUGAUCUCUGUGGUGACCCAGCUGAUGGCCUCCAAUCCCCCCUACAGCUUGUUCUACAAACCGUCCUUGGGGCUCGUGGUGUCGAGGGAGACGCAGCACCUGGGGGUGCCCUAUUAUGUGGACAAGAGCUUUGAGAAAGAGUACAAGGGCGCCGCGCUCCGAGAGCUGGAGAAGUCCAUCGAGAGCGACUAUAUCGACUACCUGCAGACCAGCUGCUGGAAGGAGAAGCAGCAGAAAUCGGACUUGGCCAAUUUGGGCCAGCUGUACCGGGAUGAGCGCCUGAAGCAGAAGGCCGAGUCCAUGAAGCUGGACAACUGCGACAAACUGUACCGGCUGGCGGGGAGGCAGCGCGGGGAGUGAGCAGGCACACAGCUGCUUCUCCCCUUCAGCGCCGGGGCGUGGACCUGACUGAUCUCCUGCUGUCAGUUUGUAAAUACCUUAGAUUGCACACGAGCCAGCUGCAGUGUGGGUUCAGUGUCUCGAGAGGGAGUUCGGUCAGUGAGAGGGCUCUCGGCUCUCUUUCCUUUGGAAUGUGCAGUAGGUCUGUGGUUUGUGUGGAGGACAACUUUGGCACCAUAAGAAGAUGCUUUUUUUGUUUUGUUUUGGGAAAUACUAUUUUUAUUUCCUUAUAUUAAGGAGCAGGACUACUAUGGGCUAUUAUGAGUUAAGGUUUUAUUGUUUUUUCUCUCCCGUUACCUGCAGCCCCACGUUUCCGAGUGGAGUGUUUUAAAUGCUGUGAAUGGCUGUGCUCUGGCAGCUGGUGAGUGAGAGGAGGAGCAGUGCAAUAAGAGUGCGGGUUGGACGGGGCGCAGCACUCAGGCUAACCAUCACUAAGGUGUGCCAGGCACCGGACAAGCAAUUAUGGGCUCUGGACUUUGAAAAGAAUAAGGUGCAACACCCUGGGUGUACCAAAUAACUGUUUAAAAGCUCAAUUGAAACAGAUUAUUUAAAAUCCUUAAAGGGGAACUGCAAGGCUAUUUUUGUACUUCAGGGUUACAAAAAAUCAGCACUGGUGAUGCAUUUCAACCACCAUGAAAGUACAAUGUACAAUGUACACAGUAACUUGUAAAACCUCCAAUUUACCUCACAAAAUAGAUGCAAUAGAUUCCAGGUCUGUGCAGCACCAUGUUCUGCGAUUCAGAAUGAGGCAACAAAACUUCCUGUGAGGUGAAGCAGCUCCAUUACAUUGUAUAGAAGCAGGGUGACGACAUCUUUUAAUCCAAUAGAAAUAUCUCUCUCGACUUUGAGAUGGUUUUGCCGACACAUGCGUAGCUCUGCAUGUAGAUCACGUUGGAACAUUUCUGUGGUGAAAUAUCUGCUGCACAACCUGUACUUAUUCGCUCAUACAUCUCAGUACAUUAGUCAUCACAGAGACUAGUGAGCAGGAAGGGCCGUUUCACGACACAGUUCUCAUGAACUCUCGCUCUCGCCCAUGGAGAGACCACAGGUUUGCGACAACAUGGCGACAAUACAGUACUUUCAGUACAAUACAGUACAGUACUUUGAACAACGUUCACAACUUUGUGCUUAACUUGGAAUUUGUAAAAUUUUGCAAUGCCAUUAACUUAUUUUGUUACCAAGAUUUAAUAACCAGUCUUGAGAAAUUGGGACUGCAGUUCUCCUUUAACAUGUUUGUAUUAUUGCUAAAAUGAAUUGUGUUAUUGUGAAUAUAAAUGUCAGCACUUCCAUUAAAAUGGAAUAAAUUAGUCAUUUGCUGCUCAGAACUUAGAUGUCUGAUCUCUACUGAAAGGUAGACACCAACAGGACACAGGCCAAGUACGUUCAUCAGAUCUGCGCUUUCAGUCCUCUUAGGUUAUUAGCAAACGUGCACAAAUCCUACUGUAGCGUUGAAUGCAAAGACUUUGGAAUUGUGGUAAUGCAGCAAUUUAAGUGAAAAACCAGGAGGAAAGGAGCAAAAAGAUAGUCUCUUUAAUUAUUAAAUUCCAGAUAACAGGAUUUUCUAUUACAGGCAAAUCUAUAACUGCCUCUACACGAUUUAGCUGUAUUUUCUUUAUCUUAGUUUUAUCUGUGUUCUGUGUUAGUCCCCUUAUAAUGCCCACAGCCAAUGUCCAUUACAGGUACAGGUUGUUGUGUCACCUGCAGAUGCACAUUCAGCAGGGCACAUACUGUAGCACCUCUGACACCCUCAGUGUCACUCAGAGAGCUUCAUGUUUGUCCAGCAGGGCACAUAACACCUCCUAAGGAAACAUGUCAGAGCAAUGAGGAUCAAAGAUCAAUCUCAAACUGAGAUAUAGCCCUUAUUUGCUCUCUGGCCAUGAUUAAACUGCCCUUCCUGUGUCCUCUCACUGCGACUCCUGUGCCAGAAAGACAGCUGGAGCCAAGGUUACCUUGAAAUUGGCUUUGCGCUUUUCCCCGAGCGUUCAGUCAUCGACAAAUUUAUUUCUACAUCUUUCCACGUGUGACCAGAUUGCCGCCUUCUGUGCUUCCUCUGAAUUCGGCACCAAGAUUCCUCCCCCUUCAGCAGUUUUCCUCCUCGACCUGCCCUUUGUCUCAAAUUCCUGCUUGGUUCCUGGCUUUCUGAGAAGAUGGUUGUGUCACUUGUUAGAACCAGGGUGAAGGAAACAGUCUAAGCCUUACAGAAACAGCCGCAGUGUUAGAAAGGACUGAUUGCAAUCUAGGCCUUGUUACUUUCCACUGGGUUCAUACACUUCCUGCAGACUGUAAAGGUGAAGCCUGCUCAUACAAUACUAAGGGUCAGCCGCUGUCCUCUAAGAUUGGAACAUUGUCCAGUCGAAAGUUCAUCCUACAGUUCCCCUGAUACUACCCAGUGAGUUGCUCUGUGCUUUACUUUUUAAUAACAUUUUAACUGUACAAGACAAGGUUCGUGACAUAAGUCUGCAGAGAACAUCUCCCACCCAGCCUACAGGGUCUGCAUGCUGGGGUUCCCAUGUGCUGAUCCAGAAGCAGUCCUUUCAGCAGCUGAACGGCCUGUGUCCUCCGUCCCGGGCUCUUAUACCGAGGGUCUCUCGACUCAACCAGCACCUGCUCGUCAUUUUGUUUUUCCCCUACGUGUGUAAAGUCGGGUGUUAGCUGAGUACUUGCAGUGUGAAUGAGAUCAGAUGUGAAGAUACCUGAUCAGGCUCUGGUUGAGCCAGAAUCCUGGAUUGACAGGGGAUUCCCAGGAUGAGCUUGAGGAAGCCAGACUGGGGGGUUCUGCUUCAUCGUUUCAGGAUUGUGAACACUAGAGGGGGCUGGAGUGCUGGUUCUGUUUCUUAAUGACUUGUUUUUUCUUUAAGUUAUGUGCAAGGUGCUUUUAAUUAUAAUUAAUUAUAUUUGUUCGGUAUCAUCAGCGGAAAAUUAGACAAAUGCUUCAAACUGAGAAAGCCAGAACUAUAAAAAUAAUAUAACAUGUCUGAAGAGUAAAAAGGACAUUUUAAAAAGUGAUUUGUUUUUAAUUUUCCCUACAGUGCAUGCUUCUCACCAUAUUAAGCAUUACUUAGUAUUUAUAAUUAGCUUAAACUAUUUUCUUUAGGUAACCUAAAUACAAGUUAUUAAAAUAACAUGCAGAGGUUUUCAGUUCCAUCUUGAAAACAGUGACAAAAUUAGUUGUCUUACCUAAAUAUGGACUGUUAAAAAAUUGUAAUCCUGUUUGCUGUGUCUCCAUCCUACAGUACGUGUGUUUGUAUAAUUCCCAGCAAGUAUCUCUACAGCUUCAAUAUUUCCCCACCACCUCUUUCACCCUGGUAUUGAUUUUAUUUGCUUGGAAGUCCAAUGAUCACUUAACGAAUAGCUUCCUGUAGCCCCUCCUAAACUUUGUGCUGGUUUAAUAAAAAAAAAUCUUGCAGUGUAA